AUGGAUAAGAAAUGGAUCAAUGCCCCAACUUCCUCCCCAGUGGAGGACCCUCCUGUAGGGGAGGAUACGAUGGAGCUGGACCGUCGGCCUCAGAGGGUCUACCACAGGGUUGCCAGGAUGAUACAGAGUACUUGGAGAAGACACGUGGAUACACACAUUUUCUAGAACUUCAAGAACCUUAUGAGGUUCCGUAACCAGGGAGACCCUCGACUCCUGCUCAAAAAAGUCAAUCCCAGUGAGGGAGAUAUUCUGGAUGCUGCGGCAGGAGUCCACAUCAGAUUCAGACUGGGAGGGACCACCUUUCACCCGAGCAUCCACUAUAAGAUCUACUAUUUAGAUCUACACCCACGACCCAUCCUGGACAUGUGUGCCAAUAGCACAAAGGAUACACACCCUCCCCCAGGCAGGAGGCCCGUCCCCAGGCAAAAAUACAACCAGAGGCCCCUGGUGCAGGUCGAACAGGCUGGCUGGUACUGCCGCAUAGAGAACAACAGCUGGAGACUGAUGUCUGUGAAGGUUGCUCUGUUUGGUGACAUCAUCACAUUGGAGACCAAUGGCAGGAAGGUUGAGUUCCACCAUUCCAAACUGCAUCAGCAGUACGUGAAGAGGAGGAAGAUCAAGUGGCUGAAGCAGAUGUGAGUUAGUGAGCAUCCUUACCUGCAAUAGCACCACUCACCAUGAUAUUCGCUGAUCUGUAUGCCUCAA